UUAAGGGCAACUCUCUUUGGGCGGAAUUUUUUAGAGGUAAAUAUGUUAAAGGAAAUCACUUAUCCCUCCUUGAGCCUACUAAAGGGACCCGCUUUUGGAAAUCUAUUGUCCGUAGUAUUCCGGAGGUGAUGAAUAGCUCCAAAUGGAUUGUGAAGGAAGGUAAUAUCUCCUUUUGGUAUGACAAUUGGGACAACGAAGGCCCUCUCUAUGCUCAAUUUCCUGUGACUGAACAACCUUUGAUUAAGAUAAAUGAGUGCCGUAUUGAGAAUGGGUGGGAUAUUUCUCUUCUGAACAGAUUAGUGGGCCAUCAGAAAGCCAAUGAUCUGUAUGAGUUUUUUGCUAGACAGAAGGAGGGUGAAGAUGUGCUUGUUUGGUUGAAGGAUAAUGAAGGCAAUUUUACUACUAAGAGUGCCUGGGACUGUAUAAGGGUUCGGGCGCCCCCUUUACCCUGGGCUCAGUGGAUAUGGCAUACUAAUCUUCCCAAGAAGAUUUCUAUCAUGAUGUGGAAGGCUACUAAUAACUGCCUCAGUGUUGACAAGAAUAUUAGUAUGGUGGGUGUUUCAAUGGCCUCUAAAUGUAAUUGCUGUCAAAAGGGUCAUACUGAGGACCUGAACCAUGUGCUCUGCACGGGAGAUUUCGCUAGACACAUUUGGCGUCUAGCGGCCACUCAUCUAGGGGUUCAUAUGGCCCCUUUCUACACUUGGAAGGAUCAAACUAAUUUUUGGUUUCGUCGUGCGGGUAAGUCUUCACAGGUUAGAACCAUCUUUGGCCUUCUGCCCUCCAUUAUUUCCUGGAAACUUUGGGAGAGGCGCUGUAAAGCCCGAUAUGAAGAUAAGGCUCACUCAAAAGAGUCGGUUUGGCACGCUAUUAAAAUUUGGCUCCGGCGCAUCAUGGACCAGAUCAUGAAAGUACCAAUAAUUUUGCAGAACUCAGCAGCUUAUUGGAAGGUGUUCGCAGAUGUCACGCGCUUGGAUUUUAUCGUGUUCAAAUAGAGACUGACUCCCAACUGGUGGUCAAUUGGAUUGUUAAGAAUAAGUGCCCCAUUUGGUAUUUAGAAGACUUUUGGGAAGAUUUACAAGGACAUCUUAAUAGCCUGGAGUAUACAGUAACACACAUUUUUCGUGAAGGCAAUGUCGUGGCUGACUUUCUAGCUAAGUGUGGGGCUGAAGGUUUGAACUCUGAUUGGUCUGAUAUUCACAUGUUGCCUAGCCUGUUAAGGGGUCUUCUCCGCAUGGACAAAUUGGGUAUGCCCUACCUGAGGAUAUCAUGAGCCUCUUGCCAGGUUUGUUUUGUGUUUUUUGCUUGUCUAAUUUUGAUAUCUUGGUAUUUGCGUCUCUUUGUUCUUGUUUUCUUGGUUUUUUGCAGGUUUCCCUCUUUGGCUUUCUCGGAAGUAGGUUAUAUAUAUUUCUUUAGGCUUGUACCCUAUAUAGUUACACUUGUUUUGAUGCUUGGGUACUCUUUUUCUAGAUUUAGGUUUUUGUACCUCCCAGGUGUCGUGAUUGUAACCACGGUUUUCCU